AUGCAUUAUCACCCGUUGGUUCUUGGGGCAAUGCUUGUAGUGGCAGUGGGAACGGCCAUCUACACAAUAUGGUCGAAUUCGGGUAAUCAACAGCAAAACACAUAUCAACAUCAUUCAGGAAGAGAUUUCAAUGAUGAUGAAUUCAGUCUUCCAUAUCAUCUAUCGUUGGAAGAUGGGGAGGAUCAAGGAACCAGAAGAAGGAGGAAGAACAAAAAUUGCAGCAUUUGCCUGGAUUUUUUGGCGAGAGAUUUUAAAAAUUUACCUUGUGGACAUGUGUUUCAUACACGCUGUAUCGAGUCCUGGUUUCGAAACAAAAGAAACUGUCCUGUCUGUAGGUCUGAAGCUUUAUAG